AAUAUACUAUAUAGAUUAAAAGAUUUUAACAUAUUUGACAUAUAUUUAAUUCAAGACUAUAAAAUUGCGAAGUUUCAAUGUUUUCUUAAAUGUCAAGUCAAAAUAGGUGAACAAAUUGAAACUAAGGGAGUAUUCCAAUUUUAUUUUAUUUUUCAAAUCCAAGAGGCCAUAAGCUUAGUAAAACAACAUGGAGGUUCCUGCAACUUUUAUACAAUUCUUGUAUUCCUUAAUUUUUUUUUUAAAUAUUCAAAAUACACCCUUUUGCGUAACCACCUACUCAUUAAUAACGUUUGGUGGACUAUACUAUAUGUAGUGUGCGUGUGUGGAGUGGAUGAAAUGAAGAAAAUGGCAACAGCUACAGCAGGAAGAAAUGGGAAUGAAAUAUGGAAAGCCCAUGGUGGAAUGGCUUUAGUAAUGCUUUCCUAUGGUGGAUACCAUGUGAUUACAAAGGUGGCUCUCAAUGUGGGCAUGAAUGAAGUUGCCUUCUGUCUGUAUAGAAACCUUCUCUCUCUAUCUAUUCUUGCUCCAAUUGCCUAUUGCUGUGAAAAGAUGUUGAAGAAGAAUUUGGAGGAAUUGUUGGCCGAAAAAAUGCCUAGAGAAUUUAUUGUGGAAGUUUCAGUUAAUAAUUGAAAGGUUUGUUGUUCAAAAGCAGAAAGAAGUUGCGAUUAAUAAUUGAUAUGGAGCAAAUAAUUGAGAGGUUUGUUGUUCACUGGUCCAUAUUGACGGUGGAUUCAGAAACUCUUUGUUGGCCAUCAAGUUAUGACAUAAUUGAUGGUAUAAUGCAUCAUCGGUUUUCUUUCUUUUUUA